UUGUUGAUGUGUCACCCCGGAGCGACUAGGAACAGCAUAACGAGGAUAAAAAGUGGUCAUUUAUACCAUUUGCUGUCAAGAGAUCACCAGUAAGAUGUAUUUAUCAUAAUCAGGUGAAGAAUGGAGCGGCGAGACUCGCAGGGUGUCCUGCUGGAGGGGGCUGACCCUGAGGACGGGACCCGGGCGGGCGCGGGGCGAGGUGGCGAGCCUGACGGUGGCGAGGACGAGUGCAGAGCCGAGAGUGCCGUAGCGAGGCCCGGGGGCGAGGGCCGUCUGGAGCCGCGCAGCGAGGAGCCAAGCGGAGCAUGCUCAGAUACAGAGACGCACCCUGAGGGAGGGCCUGCCACAGAGGAAGGGGGUGGCUGCCCUUCGGGCGGGGCAGAGUCACCUGACCCAACGGAUCUUGACUGCAGGGGGGACAGGGAGGCGCACUCUGUGGGGGGUGCUGAGAGUCCAGCAACAGUGACGGACAGGGGAGAAGAAACCCCGCCCGCUGACGUCACCCAGGUGACGGAGGCGCCGCCGGUCGGUCCAGCCGAGGGGGCGGUCCUUGUCCCCCGCUCAGCUCCACCCCCUGAUGGACCGGAGGAGCGCAGAGGCAACGAGCUGGGUGAAUCGCGGGGCUCGGAGUCCCUGAGUGAGCCCAGCCUGUACGACACCGAGUGCAGCAGGAAGCUGAUCUCAGAGAUCCAGCGCUCGCUGUCCCAGGAGUCCCUGCUGGAGGAGCUGGAGUCCGAGCUGAUGUCCUGCCAGUUUUCCAAGGAGGGCAGGAAGCCCAGCACCCUCAACGGGCUGCAGAGCGACCCAGCGUCCGUCGCUGUCUUCGAGAAGUGCGUCCAGUACAAGUACGCCCAGCAGGAGAAGGCCAUUCAAAGGUUACUGGAUGAAAACAGACGACACCAGGAUCUGAUUCUGGGGAUCUGCUCAGAGAAGGACACUAUGAAGGAGGAGCUGAAGAGGAGGGUGGAGACAGAGCGGCAGCAUAUGAUCACCAUUAAGAAGUUUGAGGCGCGGGUGGAGGAGCUGAUGAAGGAGCUGCAGGCCUCCAAAGACAGGCUGGUCUCCCAGGACAGCGCAGCGAAAGGCGCCCUCCAGCAGAUGCAGAGGGAGGUGGCGUAUCGGCUCGAGCAGGCGAACAGGAGAUGUGAGGAGGCCCGUCAGGAGAAGGAGGCGAUGGUGAUGAAGUACGUUCGGGGGGAGAAGGAGGCUUUGGACCUCCGCAGGGAUAAGGAGCAGCUGGAGCGCCGGCUGCGGGAGGCCAGCAGGGAGGUGGAGAAGCAGGCAGCGCGCGGGAACCAGCUAGCCCAGGAGAAGGGCCGUCUUCAGCAGCUGCACGAUGCCAAGGAGGCCGAGGUGGCCCGACUGACACGUGAAAUUGAGAAGUUCAAAGAGGAGAUCAACUCUCACACCAUCAAAGUGAAGUGGGCCCAGAACAAGCUGAAGAGCGAGUUGGACGCUCACAAGGAAACCAAGGACAAGCUGAGGGAGACGAGCACCAAACUGACCCAGGCCAAAGAGGAGACGGAGCAGAUCCGCAAGAACUGCCAAGACAUGAUCAAGACCUACCAGGAGUCGGAGGAGAUUAAGUCUAAUGAGCUGGAUGCGAAAUUGCGUGAGACGAAGGGAGAGUUGGAGAAGCAGAAACAGGAGCAGACAGACCAAUUAGAGAUGUACAAGGCGAAGAUUAAAGAGCUGGAGGAUCUGAAGAGGACCUUCAAGGAGGGAAUGGAUGAGCUGCAGACGCUGAGAACCAAGGUGAAAUGUCUGGAGGACGAGAGGCCCAGGACGGAGGAUGAGCUGUCUAAGUACAGAGAGAUCAUCAACCGGCAGAAAGCAGAGAUUCAGAGCCAGAGGGAGAAGCUGACAGUGGUGCAGCGUCUGGAGGAGCAAAAGCAGAGGGACGAGCAGGAGCUGGGCUCUCUCAAGGCGGAGGUGGAGAGUCUGAAUGCUCUGAUGGCGGACCUGCACCGCGACAUUCAGGGCAGCCGCAUGCGGGAGGCGGAGCUUCUGGGCUUCACUGAGAAGCUGACCAGUAAGAAUGCGCAGCUGCAGUCCGAGAGCAACGGCCUGCAGGCGCAGCUGGACAGACUGAUGGACACCGUGAGAGAGCUGGAGGGACGGCUGCAGGAGAGGGAGAGCACCAUCGCUGACCUGACAGAGCGGCUGCAUGCGGAGCAGCAGCAGAGGCAGGAGGAGGUGCAGAAGCUGCAGGAGGAGAGAGCUGCGUUGCAGACAGAAACUGCGCAGCUGAAGACGCGUGUGGAGGAGCUGAGAGACGAGCUGGUCACACAGAAGAGGAAACAAGCUGCCAACCUCAAGGACCUCACCAAACAACUGGUGCAAGCACGUAAGAAGUUGGACCAGGUUGAAAAUGGCGGUUGUGACAGAGAGGCCUCCAGCAUGGGCAGCCGGUCAAGUUCCUCUGGGUCCCUGAACGCGCGCGGCAGCAGCACGGACGACCGCUCGCCGGAGAACAACUCGGGCCCGGCGGUGGUGGUGGCGGACAGCUUCCCCGAGGUGGACAAGGCCGUGCUGGUGGAGCGCAUCGUGCGGCUGCAGAAGGCCCACGCCCGCAAGAACGAGAAGAUCGAGUUCAUGGAGGACCACAUCAAGCAGCUGGUGGAGGAGAUCCGCAAAAAGACCAAGAUCAUUCAGAGUUAUGUGCUUCGGGAGGAGUCGGGCGCGCUCUCAUCAGAGGCGUCGGACUUUAACAAGGCCCACCUGAGCAGGCGGGGGGGCAUCAUGGCGUCUCUGUACACCUCCCACCCGGCUGACAGCGGCCUCACGCUCGACCUCUCCCUGGAGAUCAACCGCAAACUGCAGGCCCUGCUGGAGGACACACUGCUCAAGAACAUCACCCUAAAGGAGAACCUGCAGACUCUGGGAGCAGAGAUUGAGAGACUGAUCAAACAGCAGCAGGAGCUGGAGGAGAGAGUGAAGAGGAAAUGAGCUGCUGCUGCUCCAGGGCGGUCAGGAGAGAGGGGCCGAGGAGGAGGGGUCCAGGCCCCGCCCAUGCACCAGAAGAGGAGGGACUCCCUGCUCCGCCCACCACACCCAGCCACGCCCAGCCACGCCCUGUCACACCCAGGCAGCGGCAGCAGGAGGGAGCUGGGCCCCUGCACACAGCAAAAACAAUGAGAAACAUGUCAGUAACCUGCUCAGCUGUGCUGAUCCAGCCCCCCCGAGCCCUGAGCCCUGUCCCCCCCGAGCCCCGAGCCCUGAGCCCUG